AUGUCACAUCUUACGAUCAUCGUCGCCGCCACGAAAUCAAACGGUAUCGGCCAACAUGGUAAACUUCCAUGGCGGCUGUCGAAAGAGAUGGCCUAUUUUGCUCGGGUCACGUCCACCGCGCCUGAAGGAUGGAAGAACGCAGUCAUCAUGGGGCGGAAGACGUGGGAGAGCAUACCAACCAAUUUCAGGCCUCUCCCUAAACGCCUCAACGUAGUCAUCAGUCACAACAAGGACUACGAACUGGCACCCUCCAACCUGUCAGCUCCAGUUCACCUUUGCUCGAACUUGACUUCGGCGGUUGAGUCGACGUCUCAGGCUGGUAUACAUCGACGAUUUAUCAUUGGUGGAGCAUCCUUGAUCUCGGAGACACUCAACCCUGCAUCUUCGAGUCCGAUGUCUUGUAUCGCCGACCGUGUCCUCUUGACACGGAUCCUUGCACCUGAUUUCCUUCAAUGUGAUAUUUAUAUGCCAGACUUCUUGGGAGCAAGCGAGGAAGGGAAAGCGGAAUGGAAGCAAGCAGCUCAUGAUGAACUCGUGAAAUGGGUGGGAUUUGACGUCCCAGCAGGGGUCCAGGAAGAAAAGGGAAUUAGCUACGAGUUCCAGAUGUGGCUUCGUCAAUAA